GACAUUGGCGUGUUUCUAUGUGACAUCGAAUAUUGUUGUAGAUUAAGGAACAUUUCUUGGAACUUAGGACUCAAAAGUUUCUUAGUUUUUCAGUUCAAGCGUGACAAUAUCAGAAAAGUCGGGAGUUGAGCUAUUAUCGAUAGAUUUAGAUUUAGUCUAUUUUACAUGACGUCUGGAGGUUCAUGGCGUCUGUAGUUGUCGAACAAUAGGAAUGUUUGAAAACUGAAAGAAAAAAAUCAGACUACUACAGUACUUCAAUUCUUUACUUUAACUCGAUUGCAUUUUGAUUUUAUUUAGCCGAGUGAAUUUCUUUUGUGAAUGUUUAACAACACAAAGCUCAUUGACUAGGAUUUCAAUUCAUGAACAUUUGUAUGGAUCUGAUGACUGAUUCAAAACCAGAAGAUAUGGCUCAGGCUCCUCAGUCCAAUACCAUCAAGGGAUUUCCCAAAGAAAUUUUUUCAAAAGUUGAGGAAAAGUUUCUUUGUGCAUAUUGUGAGAAUAUUCUGCGUGAGCCCAUGCAGAGUGAUUGUGGACAUAGAUACUGUAAUGGAUGUAAACAAGAACUGGCAAGAUUGACAUCGCCAGUCAGGUGUAAAGCCUGCAUAGCAGAACAAGUCAGUGAUGACGAGAGUAUCUUAAAUGUGAACUCUAUGUUUGAAGAUAAAGCAGCCAUAAGGGAAAUGAAGAAAUUGGAUACUAAAUGUAUUAAUCAAGGAUGCCAGUGGAAAGGAAUGUUUAUGGAGUAUCUGACUCAUGAAAACAACUGUGAUAAAAAACUAGUUAUCUGUCAGAAGUGUGGUCAGCAUGUGACCCAGGUCAAGUUAACUAACCAUGAAAUCAAGCACUGUCCCAAGCGAAUUGCUGCCUGUCAGUAUUGUAAACAGGAAAUGUUAUUUGAAGAUGUGGAGAAGCAUGUGAAUCAGAGCUGCCCCAAUUUACCUGUUAAGUGUGACAAAUGUCAGAAGUUGGUGCCUAAAAACGAGAUCAAGAGUCACAAGGAAGAUGAAUGUGUGCAUCGUAUCUUUGAGUGUCCUCUUCCUGAUUGUAAUACUAAGAUUUCAUUUGAGCAGUUUCCCAGUCAUGUAGGCAAAAAUACACCCAAACAUGUGGUCUACCUGUUGGCAAGAAUCCAUGUCCUAGAGAAACAGAUCAAUGCAUUGGAUACCAAGUUAGCUGUUGGUACUGACAGUGCUGCUGCUGGAGCUGUAGGUGGAGCCCAGUCUGUGCCAGCAAGUCAUAUGGCUGGAGCUGAAGGGGGUGUAAGUCCUUUAAGUAUGGAAGACAAACAGCAACUCAAACUCCAUGAAGACUUGAUGGCUGUGUUGCAUGGGGAGAUACUCAGAUGUAUUAAACAAGUGGAAGCUAUGAAUAAGAAAAUGGAAACCCAGUUGAAAUCUAUUCAAGAAAACUCUACCAAAAUCAGGGAACUUGAAUCUCGUGGGUUUUCAGCUACUGCUACAAACCAAAGUUUGCCUGAUCCACUGGAGAAAGGCACUCUAAUAGAUGGUAAAGAUGGUAUGAUCACAUGGAGACUAGAACGUUUUAGUGGAGUUAGACGUGAUGCUGUGGGCAACGUGCAACAUUGUAUAUGUUCUCCCUCCUUCUUCUCUGGACCUGUGGGCUAUAAGAUGAGGGUUAGACUCUUCACAAAUGGAGAUGGAGAGGCUAAGGGCAAAUCUAUCUCUGCCUUUAUUCAGCUCAUGCCAGGACCUCAUGAUGACCUUCUGCCCUGGCCAUUUAAUGGCAAGAUUUACUUCAUGAUUGUAGACCAAAAGAAUUUCCGGGAUCAUAAAAUGGUCAGUUUCAGUGCCUUACCUGACCAACAAGCUUUUCAAAAGCCUCACAAUGAGCCCAACAUAGCUUCAGGUCUUCCUAACCUGAUCACAGUCACAGAGUUCAGUAAUAACCAGGACAAAUAUGCAGUGGGGGAUGUCCUCUACAUGAGAGUAUGUGUUGACCUCCAUGAUUCUGUCAAGGAUAAACUCAACACUUUAAAUCCAAAAUCAUUUUCUAGGAGAUCUUAAUAGGAUUUUCUACGUUGGAUACUGGAGACACUUUUAACAAUUCAAAGUCCCAUAGGACAAGUGUAUGAAAGAGAACAUGGUACAUUGUCUUGUGGCAUUACCUUCCUUGUCUUUUUUUUUCUCUCUCUCUCUCUCUCUCUCUUGUGCACAUGAGUGUCUGGGUGACCUCAUUUUGUACCAGUCUUGUGGAAUCUUUACCACAUGCGUUUAGCUAUUGGUCUCAGACCUUGGGCAUGUUCCUUUGUGGUGUGACAUUUUUACAUUCUCACAAUGUCAUCCAAUGCCACUUUUGCUGUGGAAAUGUAAAAAUGAAGUUUGAUUCCAUUAAAUAACAUGGAACAAAAAAAAACAACACAACAACCUGUAAAUAUUGAUAACUAAUAUACUUGUGUGUAAUAUUUCACCAUAGUAUGGGGGGUGUCAGAAUGAAUGGGGCAAUACUCUAAGAUAAACAACACUCAGAAAUAGUAUAGUAGAAAAAAAGCAAUAGAGUUCCCUUCAAAACCCUUAAAGUCCAUUAGGCUAGCAGAAUAUCAUUGGCCUGGUAAACAAGGAUGUCUUAUUUACAAGGACCAGAUAACAUCCAAUUGGACUGCUAACUUGUUGAUCCAGUUCUAAUGACUACUCUAAUAUUAAAGAUUCUUCUCUCUCUUGACUUUGCAAGUCUUUCAUUGUCAUUGAAAAAAAUAAUUUAAUUAAUAAAGGAGAAUUAUUGAACUAAUCCCAGGAUUGAACAAGUUCAUCUCUAGACUGCAAUAACUGACUUACAAAAUAGCUCUUACAUCAGUUGGAUUGAACAACUAGAACACAAAAACUUAAGUGAUAAAUGUUUAGUGGAAAUUGGAGGUAACAAAAGUUGAAGAUAGAGCCUUCUAGUUUAGCAUGGAGGAAAUUCUUUGAAAGACCAUUGUACUCUUAUCACUGUGUGUUUUGUUUGUUAUUAAUCAGUUGAUUGACUAGGUCACUGUGUGCUUGUCAGUUCAUUGACUAGGUCAUCUCACACAGAAAGUUGAAUGUUCAUUCAUCAGACUUUCAUGUUCAUGUUAAUUUAAGGAACUCGACAUACUUGCUGUUUGAGUUCAGACUAGUCUGGUCAUUUGUACAUAUGUUAUGGUCAGACUGUAAAUAUAUGUGUACUGAGCUGACCUGUGACCUAAUAAUUUCAGUAGGGUGUUAGUACUGCUUAUUGUUUGCUCAUAUGUUGUAUGUUAGUGGACAUGGGAAGGCAUUAGUCUGUAUUCAAGUCUGGACAGUAGCUCCAAAUACUUCUUCUCUCCUUUUAUUUGCUUUAGUUCAGUCAAGAGAAAAAUGUUUUUUUUUCAAGGGAUUUCUUUUUAAAGAAUAUUAUUAUUAUUGCAUUAUUUAUAUAAUAAUAUUUUUUUUUUGUAAUAUGCAUCAAUUAUUUUGUAUUUCUGGAUUAUUUAUCAAAUUAUAGUUGCUUGUGUGACAUGUACUGGUAUUGAAUGCUAGAGCUGGGAGUCUGACAUGUACUGGUAUUGAAUGCUAUUGUUGUAAUAUUUUAUGCUUAUGAAAUUCUAGUUCUCUUGAAUUGUGAUGAAAGACAACCAUUCAACUCUUGAACCAUUCAACUCUUGAACCAUUCAACUCUUGAACCAUUCAACUCUUGAACCAUUCAACUCUUGAAACCAAGGGAUUCCAGUCCUGGUGCAUUGAGUGGGGGGGGGAGGGGAGGAAAUAAGAUUCUUGUUUUUAAACUACUUGUCUACAGACAGAAAUAAUGUCCCAGAGUUGUUGUGUUUGCUUUAUAGGGCAUAUAGAAUGAGAUCUAAUGCAAGACUACUGGGUACUAAGUUCAUUAAUGGAGCCACAAAUGUCAUUUUAUUCACUGAAUACUUAAAAUUGAGUUAUGGAGGUGAAUUGAAUGCUAUCCUAGUGUCAGCAGUGUGGUGGCCAGUGUCAAGGGUUGAUGUUUGCUAGAUAGUUCGAGGGCUGACACCAAAUGAUGCUUUGACUCCUCUAGAAAAUGCUCUCACUGGAAUGUUUUCUUUUGACUUCUGUUUGAAAAAGCCAACUAGCAUGAUGAGACAAACAAAAAAAGUAACUUAACUUUCUAUAAAUAAACAAAAUCUUUCUAGAACUUUUCGUCUUUUGUGUAUUCUCUAUUAAUGCAGGUAUGUUGGCAUCAUUUUGAAUAGACUUACUGGUAUCUAGAGUUGAAGGGAGUCCUAGCAUAUCUAAUAAGAAAUACUUUAUGCUUCUUUCUAGAACAAAAAUGUCUUAGUUUUAUUGACUGUGUAAGGAAAAGCUGCCAUUAGUUUUGUUCUGUCACAUUUUGAUCUCAAAGAUUAAAGUGCUAUUGAAAAUGUGA